CUUUUCCUCAAAUAAUGCCACAUCUCAGGGCAGGGCAAGAUGCAAGAUUGAGAUCUCAAAAACAACAAAAGAUAUACUCAUUCAAUCAGUUGAAGGGGUGACAACUAGGUCUUGCUUAAGUCCCCAGAAACGAGCUGGUUCAAAUGUUCCAUCUAUUCUGUCCCCAAAACACUUUCACUGCACUGAGAUGAUGGAUCAAAUGCUUGAAAGCAGCCACCCUGCUUCCAAGGGACAGCUCCAAGAACAAAGUACGUUUCACCUUCAGAAGCAAAAUGCGGGGACUGCAAACAUAAAGGCAAAAUAUGGAGACAAGAUUGUGAAAGUGCCACCCCCUGCGACAUCAGGAAUUGUUAAGUUGAAGGAAGAAUUGGCAAGGAGAUUGGGGUUAAAGCAUGGCAGCUUCUAUGUGGAGUAUGAGGAUGAGGAACAUGAUUGGAUUCUAAUAGCCUGUGAUGAUGCCUUGCAGGAGUGUUUGACAUCUUCAA